UGAGACCUCAACGCUGUUUUCUAGGGUUUGCGAGGCCGAGAAUGGCAAAUAUUGAUUCACUGAAUGGAUUGUCAGUUGGAGCAGUGAAGCUUGAGUCUUUGCCGUGAAUGGUGAUGGCACUCUAGAUUUGUGGCAGAAAGUGGAAGAUUUCUUAUAUUCUCAAGCAACAACGCUCUCUCUCUUCCAUUUAUCAAAACGAAAUUAAAAAAUAAAAAAUAAAAAAAAAGUGAAAAAGCAAAAAACUAGGCUUAACUUAAAUCCUCAUCGCGUAACGCCUUCUGUGGCGGCUCUGAGAUUGGAUCGCUGUCUUCUAAGCAUCAGAUUUAGUUGAAGUUUCUUAUAUAAAAUAUGGCUGAUUAUGCUGGAAAUCCGGAAAAAAAGAUGUAGAAAAAUUUAUUAUAGGCAAUUCUAAUGUGCUUUGCUUGUGAAAGUAGACAUGUUAGAGACUCAUUUUAAGGAAAAAUAUUAGGAUAUGAUGCCUAGCAAUGGAGUACCACAGGAUCCAAAAACCUCAGGGUGGGGGAUCGUCGCCGGGGAAGUUGAGGACGAUGCUUCUCGGAGUGGACAGGAAGCCCAAGGAAGCGGAAGACCUUCACUCUACUUUCACCUCCAGAUCCCAUUCUUCUUCUUCUUCUCCACCUCCUCCUCACAUUCAUGACGCAGGUGGUAGCGGCUCUGAUAAUUGCAAAGAUGUAGAUGUUGUGAGUGUUCUUCCUGAAUGCUCCACUUCAACUGCAACCGACUCAUUAGGCUCGGAGAUGGUUAGUGAUCGGAGAUUGACGGAUAACGCAUUUAACAAAUCAAGGCUUAGCACCCAAGAAGACCCUCCUUUGGAUUACGAUAAUGCGCAUGAUGGUAUGAGCAUGUCCUCUUCUGUUUUUGAGUUUCAGAAGGCCGAGCGGGGUGCACAAAGAGUGCCUCUUAGGCCUUUCUCAAAACCAGCACCAUCCAAAUGGGAUGAUGCCCAGAAGUGGAUAGCAAGUCCUACUUCAAACCGGCCAAAGACGGGCUUGGCUCAGGUGCAUGGUGAGCAAGGAAUUGGAUCACGAAAGACAGCUAGUGUUGGUUAUGGAAGCUGGCAGCCAUCCACCAAGGUUGUUGUUGAAGUACUGGAUCAAAGAGUGGUUCCUUUUGGAGAACCGGAUACAAAACGGAUUGAUACAACUCAAGCUAAGAUGGAUUCUGCAGGGACAAAGUGUGUCAGUUGGGAGGAUGAUCAUCCCUAUCCAAUUGCAGAUUCAUAUGGCCAGUCUGUGCUCAUGAUUGAGAACUCUGUUGGAGAGUCAGCAAUUAAUCUAAGCCGGCAUGGUUCAUCUGUAGCCAUCCAGAGUGCAACUACAUUUAUACAACCCCCCUCAACAGCUUGGUCUGUAUCAAUGAGAGAUAUGGGCACUGAAAUGACUCCAAUUGCUAGCCAAGAACCUUCCAGGACUGGAACUCCUGUGAGGGCAACAACACCGAUUCGCAGCCCAACUUCUUCUAGGCCAUUUACUCCUGCCAGAGCUGCCCCUGCUUCAUCACCAUCUAAUCCUAACAAGAAUGAGUUGUCUGAAAAGGAGCUACAAAUGAAAACUAGGAAAGAGAUAAUGGCCCUUGGGACACAGUUGGGCAAAAUGAACAUUGCUGCUUGGGCUAGCAAAGGGGGGGAGGAUACGGAUGCAUCCACUUCACUGAAAAGUUUAGCAUCGGAACAACCAGCUAAAAGUAUUGUUGAGCCACGUGCAGCAGCUUGGGAGGAGGUAGAGAGAACCAAGUAUAUGGCCAGGUUCAAACGUGAAGAGAUGAAAAUUCAGGCAUGGGAGAAUCAUCAAAAAGCUAAAACAGAAGCUGAGAUGAGGAAAAUUGAGGUAGAGGUUGAAAGGAUGAGGGGACAAGCGCAGGAUAGGCUUAUGAAUAAACUAGCAGCUACAAGGCACAAGGCUGAAGCAAAGCGAGCAGCAGCUGAAGCCAAGAGAAACUGGCAAGCAGCGAAAACUGAGCAGCAAGCAGAGUAUAUACGAAGAACUGGUCGCAUCCCUUCCUCCUUUUCCUGCUGCAGUUGGUGCUCUUAAAAUUUGAAACACCUUCUGCUGAGGCUUUGUGUUGCUCUUGCUUGUCUCAUUUUUUGCAUUGUCUCAUUUUUUUGCAUAUGUUUCGUGUGUGUUUCAUGUGCUGUGUAAAGUAGCCUGUGCUUCUUAUUAUACAUGAGCAUGUUGAUAUCAUCCAAUCCUGGUGUAAAAACUAUGACCUGGUUUUGCUACGUUUAUGAAGAAAGGAAGUGCUUCCGAUAUUAGUAUUAUAUGGAAACAUUUGUUUGGAAAAGUUAUUAAGGCACCAGGCACCAAGGUGUGAGGUUCAAACU